CAAGAUGUUGGCAACAAUUUAGAAAUCAAGCUUUGGUUGUCACCUUCUGCACCAUGAAUCUGACUGCCAGUAAUCACCGAAUACCUUUGAAUGAUGGAAAUAGUAUUCCUGUCAUUGGGCUUGGUACCUAUUCAGAGAAAAGCAUUAGAAAUUUAUGCCAUGAGUCUGUUAAGAUUGCCAUUGAUGUUGGAUACCGCCAUUUUGAUUGUGCCCUCAUAUAUGGCAAUGAAUGCGAUGUGGGAAGUGCAAUCAAAGAGAAAAUUGCUGAAGGAAAAGUGAAACGAGAAGACGUCUUCUUCUGUGGCAAAUUAUGGUCUACUUACUUUACCCCAGAGAUGGUACGACCAACUCUAGAGAAGACACUCAACAAUCUUCAACUUGAUUAUAUUGAUCUUUACAUCAUAGAGAUGCCAAUGGCUUUAAAGCCUGGAAAUGUCCUUUUCCCCAAGGAUGAAAAGGGAAAUUGGUUGUUCCAUAACAUAAAUCUGUGUCACACCUGGGAGGCUCUGGAAGCUUGCAAAGACAGUGGCUUAGUGAAGUCCCUUGGAGUAUCUAAUUUCAAUAGAAGACAGCUGGAACUCAUUCUGAAUAAGCCAGGACUCAAGUAUAAGCCAGUCUGCAACCAGGUUGAAUGCCAUCCAUACUUCAUCCAGACAAAGCUCUUGAAAUUUUGUCAAAGCCAUGAUAUUGUCAUUGUGGCAUAUAGCCCUUUGGGGACCAAUAGAGACCCAAUGUGGGUGAACACAGAUUUUCCUCCCUUGCUGGAAGACCCUUUGCUAAUCUCCUUGGGUAAAAAAUACAAUAAGACAGCAGCACAAAUCGCUCUACGAUUCAAUGUGCAACGAGGGAUGGCUGUCAUUCCGAGAAGUUUUAAUCCUAAAAGGAUAAAAGAAAACUUCCAGAUCUUUGACUUCUCACUUACUGAUGAAGAAAUAAAGAACAUUGAAGCCUUGAAUAAAAAUGCUCGCUUUGUGCAAAUGCUCAUGUGGUGUGAACAUCCUGAAUAUCCUUUUCAUGAUGAAUACUGAUAUCUGAAAACAUCUGUGCUGAAUUUUACUACAGCCUGUGCCAAAAACUUAAGCCUGAGGAUUUCUUCCAGUCUGAAUGGAAAAGGACAACAGAACUAUACUUCUCUUUCAUAUAUUCUGAUUUGUUAGAAUUGUUCAUGCAGAACCAAUGAUUUUAAAUCUGUCAAAAAUCAUAAAGCAAUAAAUGAUUAAUAUACUAGCAUAACCAUGAUCCUUGAUGGAUUUGACUGUCCCCUGAAAAACACCCCUGUGAUCCUAAGUACAAUGAUAGGCAAGACAUUUUAUUAGCUUAGAAAU